UAACCAUAAAACAAUCAACACAAGUGACCCGUUAUAGUGAACUAAAUGUUACGCAAAAUAACUCACGUAUUGUUUGAUUUGGACGGAACUCUCAUCAAUACACCCGAACUGGUGAUCAAUCUAUUCAGAGAUUAUGCAAAAAGUCACGGAAAAAUACUAUCCAAAGAGAUUGAAAUGGAGGUACCAAAUUUCAACAAUAUGCAAGUGGGUUUUAACAAAUUUAUGGAUUCACUGAACUUGGUGGAUGUUCAAAUUGAUCGGCCACAACUCAUGCAAGAUAUGGUAAAACAAAUGUUAGCCAAACGUUACGAUCUGAUACCGGGUGCGGAGCGGUUAGUGAAACACCUACACCAACACGGCCUACAUAUGGCGAUCGCCACCACAAACAGCACCCGAUUUCUAACAUCAGUGCGACAAAAGUUAGAUCCAUUCCUCAACGACGGCCAUUAUUUCAGUCACGUUAUAACCGCCGACAAUACGGGUGCUGUACUCCGCAAACCCGACCCUCAGGUCUAUCACGAGUGCGUCAAACGAUUUAAAGAAGCGCCCGAUUCGUGUCAUAACGUACUGGUGGUCGAGGACUCGAUGACCGGCAUUACCGGAGCAGUGGCUUCAGGAAUGAAAACUCUGUUGAUUAAUGACCAGAAGUUGCACUUAUUUCAUACGAUUGCAGACAAAAUAACUGUUAUUUGCAACACAUUUGAUGAUUUCAAACCAGAAUCAGUUGGUUUACCUCCAUAUGACAACUGA